CGAACGUUAGCAACAUGCUAAUGUCAAAGUAGCUUUGGCUGCUCAUAUAUAAAAACUACGUGAUUACAGAGUGACGUUUGACAAUAAAGCGUGACCUCUGCUGUUUGACCUUUGAUAUUUAGCUUUAGAUACGUUACCGGUGGAUCAAUAUUAGCGUUAUAAGCGGUUAAUGCUAGCUACUUAGCUAUAAACAAAUAGGUUGGCUGAGGGAUUAGCUCGCCGAUAAUAAAUAAAUUAGUUUACAAAGCGUUGUUUAGGAUUAAAGCGUGAUAUCUGGGGUUUGGCUUUUGACGUUUUAUCUAUAAGUAUUUGUUAUAAAUGGAGGAAGAGGAGCCUGUGGACAUGGAGGCGGAGGAUAAUGGAGGCCACUCUGAAACCAGAUGGGGUGAAGAACUCAGACUGGUCCUCGUCGGAAAGACCGGAUCUGGCAAGAGCGCGUCUGGAAACACCAUCCUGGGCCGUAGGCAGUUCCUGUCGCAGAUCAGCGCCAGCUCCGUCACCCAGACCUGCGAGCUCGGGAGUGUUGAGCUAACCGAGGAAGAGGAAGAGGAGGAGGAAGGAGCGGCCGUCGCGUGGCGCAUGAAGAUGAGGAAAGUCACAGUGGUCGACAUGCCUGGUUUUGGGGACACUCACCUCAGCGUGGAGCAGAUUCAUGCAGAAAUAGCUAAAUGUGUGUCUCUGUCAGCUCCGGGUCCACACGCUUUCCUCCUGGUGGUGCCUAUAGGACGAUAUACAGACUCCGAGGACCAGGCUGUCUGCGAGCUGUCCAAGAUAUUUGGGGAGGAGGCUGUCUGUAAUCACACAGUGGUUCUUUUUACCAGGGGCGAUGACCUGGAGGACACAGGGAUCGAAGAGUAUCUGAGGGAGACGUCACCUCCUGGGCUCAGGGCUCUGAUCGCCAGGUGUGGUGGUCGGUACCAUGCACUCAACAACAAAGACCCCGGGAACUCGGCGCAGGUUAAAGAGCUCUUGAUGAAAGUGGACGAGAUGGUGAAGGAGAAUAAUAGAGGGUUUUAUACUAAUGACAUGUUUUUAGAGGCAGAGGCUGCAAUCAGGGACGAGCAGAAAAGGAUGCUGAGGGAGCGGGGGCAAGCGGAGGGCGAGGAAAACGAAGGAAGUGAGAGCAGAGCGGAAGAACAGGCCGGCCUGGUGAAGAGAAGAAAGUGUGACAGAGCAGGAGGAAGUGAAAGCAGGAGGGAGUUUGACACAGGAGCUGAAGAGGAGUUUAGGGUGGAGAGAUGGACGGAGGAGAGCAGAGGGAAUCCUUUCAGCACCCUGAGGGAGCAGUUCAGAGUUCGGCGGCGGGGCGGCAGCAGCAGGGCGGUCGGCAGGCGUCAGUCUCUCCGGUCGUCCCUGAGUCGCCUACGAAGGGAGGCGGCGCUCUCCGCUAAGGUGCUGGAGAGAGUUAAGAUCCUGGUGGCCGCCGGAGCCACGGGCCUCGCCGUCGGGGCGGUGUUUGGAGCGGCUGCCCCUUUGGCGGCGGCGGCCGGGGCGUCCCUGAUGGGCAACUCGGUCGGUUUCGCCGCCGGUCAGCUCGCCGGGAUGUCCGUGGCGGGAGGCACCGGCGUGGGGAAGGCCGUCGGGGCCAUCGUGGCGGCGGCCUCUGGGAAAACGGCCGUGGCUCUCGGGGCAGCGACGGGCGGAGUCCUGGGUGGAUCUGUGGGAGCUGUCGCCGGUGCUGAGGCUGAAAGCCCUGGGGAGGGCGCUCUAGAUGCGCUCGGGCAGGUUGGUCUGAUAGGAGCAUCGGCUGUGGGGGUGGCGGCAGGUGUGGGAGGUGCCCUGGGAGCUGGUGCCGCCUUGGGUGCAGCUCUGGAGGGAGGAGCGUUAAGCACGGCAGCUCUUAGUGGAGGCGAAGCUGCAGCCGCAGGAGCAGCCACCGCUUCUGUAGCUUCAGCAGCAGGGCAGCAAGCGGUGGCUGUCGGCGCCGGGGCGCCUCAGUGCGCUGCAGCCUUAGCUCAGGAGGUCGCUGCUGGGUCGGCCUGUGGCGUAACAGGACCCAGCGUGGCGUCUGUAGCCACCAGUGUUGCAUCAUCACACCACUGGGGCACCGUCGCUACGACAACACGCAUCCUGAACGCGGUGGCCGAGAUCGGCAAAGCCGCAGCAGGCAUCGCCUUGGCUGGAGGGCUGGUGGUGAAGGUGGUGAAAGAGAGAGUGAGAAGCGGCGCAGGGACAACAGAGGCCGGUUUCUCAGAGAGGAGGUCUUAUGAAAUCUACUGGAACAAAUAAAUAGAGGGGUGAAUGAGAUCGUAUUUGCAUUCUGGUUUUAUUUACCCUCUGAAAUAUAAACUACACAGCCAGCGGGCAGUAAUAUAACACAGACUUGGGUUUCCUGCAAAGCCGGAAUGAAAGGAAAAGGCGACUUUUUGGAGGAUUACGAAUAAGCUCGGUGACAUUUGCUGUUCUGUGCGGGAUGAUUGAAAAAGGAUAUUGGGUGCACAGCGUUUGCUUUAUUUGUUGUUUUCAGACACGUUUUGAUCAAAAUCAAAUGCUAUAAGGGCAGAAGAGCUGCACAUCUGAAAGAAAACACUAGAAAAACUUCACACAUUUUACUUCUAGAAAUGUUGUUGUUGUUUCAUCUCAACUUUAUUUCUUUUAUUUUAUUUUUGACGAUUAAUCACAGCAAUAAAUGCAAAAUAAGCUCAAUUGUGCAGCACAGUUAAAUAUUUGCCGUAGUUUUUUUUUGGUAGAAACUGAAAAUGCUUUUGAUUCAGCCUGAUCCGUUAUUAUUAUUAUGAUUAUUAUUAUUAUUAUUAUGAUAAUCCAUGCAGUUCUUCUUCAUCUCUCUGAAUGAGUGGAGGCCGUUGUGAAAGAGCAGCGAACAAGAACGUGCUUCAAGUUUAUCAAAAAUGAACAAAACCACAGAAUCAUCAAUGUGCUUCGUAAGCUUGUUUUUGAAGGUUUUUCCUCUUGUAAACACUAGUGGGUGGUUGUGUUACGUCACUUCACAUUUUGUAAUCCGUAAACAAGGAAAUAGUUUUGCGGUUAAUGUGUCAACACAGGCUGAUUCUUGGAUGAAACGAUCAAUAAAUAAAAAAAAAAAAACAUUGAAAAACA